AUGGCUUCAGCAAGAGAUAGUCAAAGCAGCCAAUCUGUCUCUGCCUCCACACCGGCCAUCAUUGCCGAGAGCGACACACCAUGCGCCGUCUGUCGUCGUCCGCGAUGUCAAUUGCAGUCCCACAAAGCUUACCUCGCCGGCCAACGUCGAGGCGGAGACCCCAAGCCAGGUGCUGAUAAGCCCCGGCGGCCGCCUUACCUCGAUGAUCUCAGACUGCCCGACACAUCGUAUUCCCGGUCAUAUGCCUUUACUCGUGCACUCCCAUCAACAGUACCUCAUAGCGUGAGCUCGGGCCGACUAGAUGGCUUUCAUGAUCUUCCUGUUCCUGGCGGCCAUCAGCCCGAGCUGCACCAUGCGGUCUACAGCCUGUUGAACUUCAAAAUUGGUGCGGCAACAGCAUUUCCCUUGCCAGUCGGGUUGGCGGUCAAUGACAUCGGCGGAAGCAUGACUAUGCCUGUCAUGACGGACACGUCUUUGUGCUUGAGCGUCAUUGCAGCCUGGCGAGCCGUCCAGAUCCUGAUUGGCCAGGCUCCAGAAUAUCUAUAUCUCUCAUACGAGGCCCAGGCAUUUCAAUCUCUCCGCAAACAGCUGCUUGAUCAGGGUCCUGGUGGGGUGACUGACCAAGCCGUCAUGGCCGCUGCGUUGCUCUGGGCCACCUCGACCAUGUUCGCCCAGGCCGAGGCCCUGCGACGACAUGCAGCCGGUGUUCGUGCGCUUGUGAUGGCACGACGUGGACUAGACAACCUGGGAUACGCCGGUUCCGUCAAACAGCUAAUUCUUUGGGCAGACUUCCUCACUGCACAAUUCCUAGGGGAAGAUGUGUCCUUCAAGGACGUUGGACCAAUGACCCCCAUGCCAGUAUCCCUCGUCAAAUUACGCAAUUCUAUCGUCAUACCUCCACCGUUCGACUGUUUGCUCCCACAAACGUUGAAAGCGGCACAGGAUCUCCGGCUGUUACUGAUUUCACACGACCACGCCAUGCGAACAGGUCGAAUUUCAAUUGCCGAGUACAAAGCGUUAAUGAGUUUAUUGAACCAAAGUACCAUCAACAGAAUUGGACUGGAGGUUCGGUACAAAAACUCCAAAACUAUCGAUGAGUGUGUGGUGUUGGCGAUGAACUUAUUGCGAUUUACCGUCUUGUUCCACGCGGGGCCCCUUUUCAUCAUUGUCGCCAAGGUCAUCGAGCGCCUACGAACGGCCCUGGUUCGCAGUGGUGUCGACCAAUGGCUUAGUUGCAUCGACAUAUUCAUCUGGGCGUGCUUUGUCGGUAUGGUGAAUAACUUUGAAAAUCAGAACCGAGAACACUUUGUCAACAUGGCAGGCCGCGCCUUGACCAUCAAGUACAAAAAUAGAUGGCCUGGAGACUGGCGGGACGACAUUCUGUCAGUGCUUCGCUCGUUUCUCUGGUCUGAUGCCAUUCUUACAGAUUUAUUCCCCAAGGCUUGUCAGUGGAUUGAACGGCCGAUGUCGUCGCCAGACACGGCAUAA